ACACUCACGUCCAACCUCCCCUUCUCCCACCGCACCCUCUGCGCCUGCUGGAGCUCGUGCAUGCAACAUCUGCUUGGGCGUGAUCUUUGCAGAUGUGGACGAACAGCGAAUACAUUUCCGCUCUGAUUGGCAUCGAUAUAAUGUGAAGAUGCGCAUGUCAAGCGGAGAUACUGUCUCAGAAACACAGUUUGCGCAGCUAGCGGACGGCCUGGAGGACUCUCUCUCCGGCUCUGCGUCGUCUUCCGAGGACACCGACCAGUCUGAUGAUGACGCUGUCUCUGCACUGGUGCGGAAAGCCAAACGUUUAAACACCAUCCGCGCAGGUGGGGACGAAGACGACGACACCGCCAACCGCAAUGUCCCAAAUACGCCUGUAGCAUGGUUCCAUGCACCUCCAGCCACCCAACUCGGCGUGUACAAAGUCAUUUUCCCUUCCAGUCUCAUCUCGUAUCGAGGGGAAGAUACCGGACAGCGCUAUCUUGAGGAGCUGAGGCAUAUGCAGAAGGGCGGAGGCGAGGAAGGCAGGAAGUGGGCCUUAUUUAUGGUCGCGAGCGGUCACUUUGCUGGCGCCAUUGUACGCGUAUCGAGGCCGGAAGGUGAGGAGGAGGAUGGCGGGUUAACGAAGAAGGGUAAACCAAAGAAGCCAAAGCUUGAUACGGAAGUCCUAAAGCACAAAACUUUCCAUCGCUAUACUACUCGUAGGAAGCAAGGAGGCUCGCAAAGCGCAAACGAUAACUCAAAGAGCAAGGCAGUCAGCGCGGGUGCCAUGCUUCGACGAUAUGGCGAACAAGCUUUGCGAGAUGAUAUCCGCAGUCUACUAACAGACUGGGCGGAUGAGCUUUAUGACUGUGAGCGUAUCUUCAUCCGCGCAAGCGUGUCAAACCGUCGGAUCUUCCUCGAUUAUGAGGGUGCGGUCCUCGAGAAAGGUGACGACCGAUUGCGGACGUUCCCCUUCCCAACACGGCGACCAACUCAAUCGGAGCUGGUCCGUUGCCUGCAAGAGCUCACGCGUGCCAAGACUUCUCAUCUGACAGAAGAUGCUCUCCGUGAGCAGGACGAAGCCUACCUUGCCUCACUUCCCAAGCCCAAACCCGUUCCCGCACCAACACCAGCGCAACCACAGCGCAAGCCUGAGAAGCCCAAACUCAGCCCGGAGGAGCUUGCGCAGCUCGAAGCACAACGCGAACUCGAAGACAGAUGGUCAAGGGUAUUCGAGAUGAUAGCAAAGGGGCGUCUCGACGCGCUCAAGUCGUUCCUGGCACGCGGCGGAGACGCCCUGGGCCCCAGUGGCGUGAACGCUCAGGCGCCGGAAGAUAUCGAUGACGCCUCCAAGGGGGAGACGUUACUGGUGUACGCGGUGCGCAAAGGCCAGGAAGACAUCGUGCGCUGGCUGCUCGAGGAUGCCCGCGCAGACCCGACGAUCGACGCUUACCGCAGCGUCAAUGCGCCCGUGGCAGACAGCUUUGAAGAUGACGACGAAGCAUCGCGCCGUAUUGCAGGCGGCAGCCGACGGACGGCAUACGAUUUCGCGCGGACGAAGGGCGUGCGGAAUGUCUUCCGACGCUGUGCAGCGGAGCACGCUGACUGGUGGGACUGGCUUGGGACGGGUGAAGGCGGCGCGCGGGUGCCCAGUGUGCUGAGUAAGGAGAUGGAGGAGGAGCGGGAGGAAAAGAAGAAGGUGCGCAGAAAGGGGCUCAAGGAGAAGAUCAAGGAGCGGGAAGCGGUGCAGAAAGAGAAGGAGCCUGCCGUGAUCGAGCCGCCGAAGCCAGAAGCCCGGAAAACUCCUAAGGAGUCUGUGGAUGGACCCAGAAAGUUGGGCGGCCCAUCGAGUGCCGGUGAGAGCGUGAUGGGACUGACGCCUGAGAUGAGGGCCAAAGUGGAGCGGGAGAGGCGAGCGAGAGCGGCAGAGGCACGUAUGAAAACGUUGGGUGGUGGACGCUAGGCUCUGGCAGUCUUUAUACAAACACAAUUUUGCUAUGCUCUUAUCAAGCGCAUUUCUUUGAUAAAUGCACUCUAGUAAAGUUCAACGAGACUUCACAAGUUCAGCUAACUUCCGUCUCGUGAUAUUUAAAUUGGCUCCCACUGCACGAAACCACAUCGCUUAUACAUAGC